GGGGAGAAAUGCCAGAUAUAGGUGAAGGGGAGGAAGGCAGCAAAUCACACUGCCACCUGUGUACCUAUGCAACUAUCUUGCAUGUUCUUCACAUGUAUCCCAAAACCUAAAAUGCAAUAAAAUAAAAUUAAAAUUAAAAAAAUUAAAAAGAAAAAAGAGGGCAGUAAAAAAGACAAAAUAAAAACAAAAAAUGGGCCAGGCGAGGUGGCUCACACCUGUAAUCCCAGCACUUUGAGAGGCCGAGGUGGGUGGAUCACAGGUCAGGAGUUCAAGACCAGCCUGGCCAACAUGGUGAAACCCCGACUCUACUAAAAAUACAAAGAGUAGCCGACUGUAAUCCCAGCUACUCAGGAGGCUGAGGCAGGAGAAUUGCUUGAACCCAUGAUGUGGAGCUUGCAGUGAUUCAAGAUCACACCACUGCACUCCAGCCUGGGCAACAGAGUAAGACUCCAUCUCAAAAAAAAAAAAAAAAAAAAAUGAAGGCAGUUAUUUCUUCAGCAGUGUUCCACAUAUUUACUCCCUGACAGAGGUAAUAUUCAAAAUGCCUAAUAACUGUUCAAAAACAGGCUCCCAGUGGCACCCAGUCUCUGUGAGAAAACCAAGAUGAGGUUUCACAUCUAAAUCUAACUGGAUUUCUAGUCAAUUCUCAAGGAAUCGGUAAUUGGGAAAGAGAUCUUAUAACUCAGAGGAAAAGUGAGUGAGCUCCAAAUCCUCCAGAGACAGUCAAACCAGUAUAGCCAGUCUAGUAAAAUGAGCAUUUUCAGUUUAGAUGGUGAGAACUAAUAUUCUGCCCCUGAAAACUCUGCCUAAUUUGGCUUGUCAUCAUUUGCUCAGGCAGUUGAAUUAAUAGAGAUGUCCAACCCUGAAAAGGGAGCCAAAUUAAGAAUUGUAAGGACAAAGCAGGAAAGGAGAGUAAACUAUGGAAAUGUGUUAGAUACCAAGAACUCUAUUCUGGAGUUAAUGAUUAAUGGGUAUUAGUCAAUUAAUAUGGUAAAUAUAACACAGAAAAGGUGAUUUUAAAAAGAAAUGGUUUUUUUGAUCUGGAGGAUUUGCCCAGUGGCAGGUGGGAGAAGCAAUGGUUUUUAAACAUCUACCUGUAUUCAAAAUAAUAUAUUCUAAAAUGUUGAUAUCCUCUUUAAUCCCACCUAUUCCUAUCAAAUUUAAAGGAAGGUGUAUUACAAGCUCACCUGGUGCAAGAUCUAUUUUGGGCAUUUUUCCUGAGUAAAUGGAAUGGAUAAUCACUACUAAAGAGCGUUCUGACUUUGGAAACACAGGAACCUGCCAAAUGAUUUAAAUUGUUUCCUUCAAGUAGCAUUAGUAACUAGGAAAUUGAUAUGUCAGUAAGAAGCAUACAGUUCUUGUCAGUAGGAAUAUAUUAAUCUUGAGAAUAUGAUUAACCAACAAAACACUGCUUGACAAAUGUCAAAGUCAAGAACUUUGAAAUGAGUCAUUAUCUAAAAGUAAGUGCUGAAUUGCACCAGGUCCCAUGAAUUUGAAGAACGUGAUUUUGGAUAAUGUUCAUACCCAUAGUCAAAUAUUAGAGGAACUGCUUAUGCUCCAGAUAACUGGUCUUUUACAUAGUUAAGAAAAAAACUUUCCUCACAAAAAAUGUUGAGGUGUUUUUCAUCACCAAAUAUAUCCAGUUAAUCAAUUAUUAUUUGGAAUUCUGAACUCCCAUCAAAUUAUAGAUAACUUAAGGAACCAUAAAAAAUACUAAGGGCCGGGUGCAGUGGCUCACACCUAUAAUCCCAGCAGUUUGGGAGUCCAAGGCAGGAGGAUCACUUGAGCUCAGGAGUUCAAGACCAGCCUGGCCAACAUGGUGAAACCCUGUCUCUACCAAGCAUAUAAAAAAUUAGCUGGGUGCAGUAGCAUGAGCCUGUGGGGUCCCAGCUACCUGGGAGGCUGAGAUGGGAGAAUCUCUUGAGCCCUAGAUGCGGAGGUUGCAGUGAGUCAAGAUCAUACCACUGAACUCCAGCCUGAGUGACAGAGUGAGACCCCAUAACAUACUAAGAAUAAUUCAGAUGAGUCCAGGUCUUUCUGGUAGCAUUUAGCAUAUAAAGCUCUUCUCAUUAUUCAUCAGCUCAGAUGAUUCAUUGUCUAAUCUACAGUCCCAGAUUUCUUAAAAUGCACUGGUAUAUUUGUGCUAAUAUAAAAUGAUGUAUCAUAUAAAAUUUAAAGUAGAUACAUUUGCACCUAAUUAUUUUUUUAAGUUAGUUGAUUAAUUCCUAGGAUAUUCAGAUAAUAAAUAAACUUACCAUUUGUUAUUGAGGUACAAUAAAAGGUUUACACUUUUUUUUUUACUCAAAUAGAGUAAAAUGAAAGCUUAAAUUGAAUUUAGUAGAUAGGAUUAAAAUCAGCUUUGCCUGGGCUUCUAAGCAGUUAUCCAGAAGUAAAGGUACCCUACCUUCCAGUAGCCAAAUUAAGUUAUAAUAUAUAUAUAUAUAUUUCAACCCCUACUAUAUAUAUAUAUAUAAAGAUGGGGUUUCACCGUGAUGGCCAGGCUGGUCUUGAACUCCUAACCUCAGGUGAUCCACCCACCUCGGCCUCCCAAAGUGCUAAGAUUACAGGCAUGAGCCACCGUGCCUGGCCUUAUAAAAUAGUUUUUAUCUCCACAUUUGGGCUUAUCCUUUGCUUAGUGUCAUAUGUUCAAAUUAAGAAUUCUUGGACCCUUUUCACAAGAUGGCGUCGAAAGCGAAGAAGGACAUUCCUGCCCCUCCUAAAGCCAAAGCCAAAGUGAAGGCUUUAAAGGCCGAGAAGGCAGCAUUGAAAGGUGUCCACAGCCACAAAAAAAAGAAGAUCCGCACGUCACCCACCUUCUGGUGGCCCAAGACACUGCGACUCCGGAGGCAGCCCAAAUAUCCUCGGAAGAGCGCCCCCAGGAGAAACAAACUUGACCACUAUGCGAUCAUCAAGUUUCCACUGACCACUGAGUCUGCCAUGAAGAAGAUAGAAGGCAACAACACAGUUGUGUUCAUUGUGGAUGUUAAAGCCAACAAGCACCAGAUCAAACAGGCUGUGAAGAAACUCUAUGACAUUGAUGUGGCCAAGGUCAACACUCUGAUUCGGCCUGAUGGAGGGAAGAAGGCAUAUGUUCGACUGGCUCCUGAUUACGAUGCUUUGGAUGUUGCCAACAAAAUUGGGAUCAUCUAAACUGAGUCCAGCUGGCUAAUUCUAAAUAUAUGUAUAUCUUUGCACCAUAAAAAAAAAAAAGAAUUAUUUGGGGCUGGGCAUGGUGGCUCAUGCCUGUAAUCCCAGCGCUUUGGGAAGCCGAGGCAGGUGGAUCACUUGAGGCCAAGAGUUUGAGACCAGCCUAGCCAAAAUGGCAAAACCCUGUCUCUUUAAAAUAAAAUAAAAUAAAAUAUUUUUUUAAUUAAAAAAAAUUCUUUGGAGUUUUUCUGAUCUUAUGCCUUACUAUAUAUUUCUUAUGAUAAGCAAAGCCAAAUUAUUAUGCCUUACAACCUAUUUCUUACA